CUGGGGCCCCAAAAGGGAAACAAGACAUUGGCCUUAGCAGGUUCUUAAAGAUAUUAUCCCUGGAACCACCAGCCUGAGAAAUAUUCAAUUGGCAGUCCAAAAAUAAUAUUCUAGGAGCAAGGGGUCUUCCUCUUAUGGUUUGAUAGAAAAUAGGAAUUUGAAGACAUGGGACAAGCCCUAUCCAUCAAGAGCUGUGACUUGCAAGUAGCCAAAAACAAUGAGGAACAUCAUACCAACAAGAUCAGUUCCAGUCGCCUCAUUGUCCGCAGAGGACAGCCCUUUACCAUCAUCCUGCACCUGGUCUGCCCACAGGUUCGAGGAUUCUUUAAGGUUUUAAAGAAGGUCGCCCUUGUGGCUGAAACAGGAAAGCAGCCUUCCGUGACAAACAGGACAAAAGUCAAAUUCCCAGUCACCAGCCAAGGUAACCCUAAAUGCUGGAGGGCCACCAUAGAAGACAGAGACUUAGAGACCUGGACCAUAUCGGUGACCACACCUGCUGACGCCAUCAUUGGUCACUACUCCCUCCUGCUUCAGGUCUCCCAAAAGACUCAGUUUCCCCUGGGCCACUUCACACUACUCUUUAAUCCCUGGGGACGAGAGGAUGCAGUAUUCCUGGAGAAUGAGGCACAACGCAGAGAAUAUUUGCUGAACCAGAAUGGCCUCAUCUACCUGGGCACAUCCGAAUGCAUCCAACCUCAGCCUUGGGACUUUGGUCAGUUUGAUACCAAUGUUAUUGAUCUCAGCCUGAGGUUACAGGAAGUAGAUAAGGAAGUCAAUCAGUGGAAUAAUCCUGUACAUGUGGCUCGGGUACUUGGAGUCUUGCUGAAUAACAGAAAGGAGCAGAAUAUUCUAACUACACCUGAAAUACAAGAUUGGGAGGAUGUGAGAUUCUUGUAUAAACGCCGAGGGAGCUUGCCCAUCCUCUGGCAAUGGCUCACUGGCCAAGGGAGGCAGGUGCCCAAUGGGCAGGCCUGGGUAUUGGCAGCUGUCACCUGCUCAGUGCUGAGGUCCCUAGGUAUUCCUGCCCGCGUUAUCACAAUCUAUGAUUCAGCCCAGGACACAAAAGGAGCUUUGACUGUAAAUGAAUAUUAUGAUCAGAAUGGGCUUCCCAUCGGAGAGCACAAAGGAAGCCGAAUCUGUAUCUUCCAAGUUUCAACUGAAUGUUGGAUGGCAAGACCUGAUCUACCCCCAGGUUACGGAGGAUGGCAGAUUGUGGACUCACGCCUUCAAAAAGAAGGUGGCGCUAAUGUCUUAUUGACAUGUGACCUAGUUCCAGUUAAGGCAAUCAAGGAAGGGGUUCUAGAGCUGAGCCCAGGGGCACCAGCCCUUUUUGCCUCACUCAAUGCUUCCUGUGCAGUCUGGUUGAGGCACGAAGAUGGGACAAUGGUUCGAGCUGAUGCAAGCCCCAAAUACGUGGGCAACAAUAUCAGUACCAAGGGGGUCGGAGGGGAUCGUUGUGAAGACAUCACCCAAAACUACAAAUACCAUGAAGGAUCACCACAAAAAGAGGAAUUAUUGAAGAAAGUCUGGCAAGAGAGUGCUGAACCUGGACAGGUCAAUGGGUUCCCCUUUAGUCCCGAGACAUGGGGUCCUUUACACAUGCUGUUGCAUUCUUCCAGCUCCAUAACUUUGGAUGGAGAUGUUGAGUUGGCAGUGACAUUCUUUAAUUACACUAAUGAAGAGAAGACUGUGGAGCUGGUAAUAGGGAUCCUAGCCAUGGACUACAAUGGAAUCACCAUCACCCAGCUCUACAAAAAGAAUUUAUUACUUACAUUUCAAGAAAAUGAAGUUAGGACCAUCAGUACCAGCUUGCCCUCCUCCCAUUUUGUGCAAAGCUCUCCUGAGAACAACAUCCUGAGACUGACAGCUGUGGCAACCCAUACAGAUUCUGAGAUGAGCUACUUUGCUCAACGGGACUUGGUCAUCUGUAAACCACAGCUCACCAUCGAGGUGCCAGAGAAGGCAAGGCUGUAUGAACCAGUCACAGCCUCCAUCUAUGUUCAGAAUAAGUUGGACUCACCCAUGGAAGAUUGUAUGAUCACAGUGUUUGGAAGAGGACUCAUUUACAGAGAGAGGGUCUACAGGUUAGGUUCUGUCGGGCCUGGAAACUCUCUCUACUACCAGAUCCAGUUUACUCCAACCCAGAGAGGGCUCCAAAGACUCACUGUGGAAGUGGAUUGCAAUAUGUUCCAGAACCUAAUAGGUUACAAGAGUAUCAAUGUGGUAACGCCUCUGUCUCCAGCUUAAGUUUGUAAGAUGCAUUUUUCUGCCUUUAACUAUCCAUGUUUAUAAAUGACAGGCCCAGAAACACGAGCUAGAGAUAAGCAUUGAGGAGAGAGACACAUUGCUUAAAAUAAAGUCUAACAUAUCAAAUUCUCAAA